AUGCCUUCACAAAAUGGGGUUGCAGAUGAACGCACAAAGCUUUUCCCAUUAAAUAUAUCCAUCAUAUCAGCAAAGCUGCAUGGUGUUAGUGGUUUAUUUAAUAAGCCACCAGACGUCUAUGUAGAAGUGAUUGCUGAUUCUAUCACUUCGAGAAAAACUGCUGUCCGAAAAAAGACAAAUGCACCACAAUGGGAUGAACAAAUACAGAUUCAAAUUCAUGAAUCAUCAGUUCUUGAAUUUCGUGUGUUUGGAAAAUCAAAAUUGUUCGAGGAUUCACUGAUUGGUCACAAAAUAUUGAAAAUGUCCCAUGCAAUCAAGAAGGAAUCAGAUAAUGGAAAAUUCGACAAUACAAAAAUGACGCUGCACCUUUCUUCACCGAAAGAUAUGGCAAGAAUAGGCGAACUGAAGAUUUUGGUAUCUGGUAUCGUUAUACGUCCCAAGAAAAAAAGUGUAGGAGGCAGUCAUAUUGUGGAAGGUCACGUUGGUGAGGCAUCCACUUCUUGUCCAAAUAAUAUGACGAAUGGCGCUCUUGUUACUACUACAGUCAGCAAUACUGCAACAACGAAUAAUGCUAAUCGCAAGAAUAACCCUGGUAAAAGUAGAGACACUAUGCUUUCGCAAACUCAUGCUGGUUCAACUAUAACUGAAGAACGUUUACCGGAAGGAUGGGAAUUACGUUACGAUGCUUACGGGCGAAAAUAUUAUGUAGAUCAUACAACAAAGAGUACAACAUGGGAACGUCCAAGCACAACGCCACUACCAUCUGGGCAAGUUAUUAUUUCGGUGAAGCUUAUAAAUGCUCAUUUUUUUAUUAUUAAACCUGGCAUUUCAUGGGAGAUGCGGCGUGACCCUCGAGGUCGUGUAUAUUACGUAGACCAUAACACAAGGACAACCACGUGGCAAAGACCUACAGCCGAUAUGCUAGAGGCACACGAAUUAUGGCAGUCUAAUAGGGAUCAGGCAAUGCAUCAGUGGGAGCAAAGAUACUUGCUACAGUCAAAUGCAAUGAUAUCAAACGAUGACCCGUUGGGUCCAUUACCAAAUGGCUGGGAGAAGCGUGCUGAUCCAAACACUGGACGUAUAUAUUUUGUUAACCAUGUUAAUAAAACAACACAAUGGGAAGACCCUCGCACGCAAGGCGUAUCAGAUGAGCCGCUACCAGACGGUUGGGAAAUGAGAUUUACGGAACAAGGAGUACCUUUUUUUAUUGAUCAUAAUACGAAGUCAACCACUUACAAUGAUCCUCGUACUGGAAAGCCUGUAGGACCUUUAGGUGCAAACGGAUUGCCGAUGAGUUUCGAAAGGACAUUUAGAUGGAAAAUAGCCCAAUUUCGGUAUUUGUGUCUGUCGAACAGUAUCCCAAAUCACGUGAAAAUUGCUGUCUCUCGCAACAAUUUGUUUGAGGAUUCAUAUCAAGAGAUAAUGAGAAAGAAUCCGGUGGAUCUUCGUAGACGCCUUUACAUACAGUUCCGUGGUGAAGAAGGUCUCGAUUAUGGUGGUGUUGCUAUACUCAAUCCCAUGUACUGUUUAUUUAUGUACGCUGGAGCAAAUAAUUAUAGCUUGCAAAUCAAUCCUGCCUCAUUUAUUAAUCCUGAUCAUUUGAAAUAUUUUGAGUGUAUUGGGCGAUUUAUUGCCAUGGCUCUUUUUCAUGGAAAAUUUAUCUACAGUGGAUUUACGAUGCCUUUUUAUAAAAAAAUGCUCAGAAAGAAGUUCACACUGAAGGAUUUGGAAAGCGUUGACGCUGAAUUUUAUAACAGCUUAAUGUGGAUCAAGGAAAACAAUGUGGAUGAAUGUGAUAUGGAGCUCUAUUUUGUUGCUGACUACGAGUUAUUGGGCGAAAUACGAACUCAUGAAUUGAAGGAUGGUGGUGCAGAAUUGAAAGUUUGCGAGGAAAACAAGGAAGAAUAUAUUGAAUUAUUAAUGGAAUGGCGGUUCAACCGUGGUAUUGAACAACAAACACGAGCUUUUUUUACCGGUUUUAAUUCUGUUUUUCCACUCGAAUGGUUGCAGUAUUUUGAUGAGCGUGAGCUGGAACUACUGCUCUGUGGAAUGCAAGAUGUCGAUGUUGAUGACUGGCAAAGAAAUACUGUUUACAGACAUUAUGCACCGCAAAGUAAACAGGUCAUAUGGUUUUGGCAAUUUGUCCGUUCACUAGAUCAGGUGAAGCGCUCGCGCCUUCUGCAAUUUGUUACGGGGACUUGUCGAGUACCCGUUGGUGGUUUUUCCGAGCUAAUUGGUUCAACAGGUCCGCAGCUAUUCUGCAUUGAACGAGUUGGCAAAGAGAACUGGUUGCCACGUUCGCACACUUGUUUCAAUAGACUUGAUCUGCCGCCGUAUAGGUCCUAUGAACAGCUGGCUGAGAAAUUAAGUAGAGCUAUUGAUGAAACUGAAGGAUUCGGGAAUGAAUGA